CACAGGCGCACUGAGCGUCAAACUGCCAUUUUGUGGCAGAGGCUACUCUGCUAAAGCGGGAGAGGGAUUAAAACAAACUGCGAAGAAGCCUGCAUUUGUUGGCGGCUUGUUAAACUUUGUGGCAGACACCCCGUGCUCUUGGUCUUGUUGAACGGCAGGGAAAACACACAAAAAAGAGCUCCUACCCAGCAUGGACGGAGGGCCGACAGAGGGUGUAGGGGUGGAGGUCCCCACCAAGGACUACCCCUCCAUCCAGGCCAUUCACAGCCAGGAUGCCAUGGUUGCUGACCUCCUCCAGCAAGCGGCUGAGGCUGGGGGCGUGGUUGAAGCACAAGCUGGAGUCCUUGAGCAAGCUCAUGAUGACGGAAUGGCAGCGGCCACCCAGGCCCAGCAGCAGCUAAUGGAAGCUGGGGAUGGUGGAGGAGGCGUUGAAAUGAUGGUUAUGAACUCACUCGAUCCCACCCUCCUGCAGAUGAAGACUGAGGUGAUGGAAGCUUCAGUGGGAGGGUCGACUGGAGUAGGUGCCGCUCACCAAGCAACUGUAACAACAGUGGACCAGACUCAAAUCAUCACACUACAGGUGGUAAACAUGGAGGAGCAAGCAGCUUUGGGCCUGGGCGAGCUCCAGCUUGUCCAGGUGCCAGUUUCUGCCACCAGUGUGGAAGCCCUGCAACAAGGAACUUACGUUGAUACCACUGCAAUGUCAAAGGAUGGGGACCCAGUCAUCUGCCACACCCUGCCAUUGCCUGAGGGCUUUCAGGUAGUUAAAGUUGGUGCUAAUGGGGAGGUGGAGACAGUGGAGCAAGAAGAAGAUGAAGGAGAGAUCCACCAUGAAGAAGAGGAUGAUGAGGAGGUGGGUCAUCAGAUUCUGGAAGAAGUUGAAGAUGUACCCAUCCAGACUCAAAGUGAUGACACAAACUGGUCUAAAGACCCAGAUUACCAACCUCCUUCUGGAGGAAUCAGGAGAGGCAAAAAGGUAAAAAAGAGCCGUCUUCGUUAUGGCGAGGGAGACAAGGACAUGGAUGUCAGCGUCUAUGACUUUGAAGAAGAGCAGCAGGAGGGCCUUCUGUCUGAAGUCAAUGCUGAGAAAGUGGUUGGUAACAUGAAACCACCCAAACCUACUAAGAUCAAGAAGAAAGGAGUGAAGAAGACGUUCCAGUGUGAGCUGUGUAGCUACACCUGCCCUCGCCGCUCCAACCUGGACAGACACAUGAAGAGCCACACCGACGAGAGACCCCACAAAUGUCACUUGUGUGGCAGAGCCUUCAGGACGGUCACACUGCUAAGAAACCAUCUCAACACACACACCGGUACCCGUCCACACAAGUGCACAGACUGUGAUAUGGCUUUUGUGACGAGCGGAGAGCUGGUUCGUCAUCGUCGCUACAAACACACACACGAGAAACCCUUCAAAUGCUCCAUGUGUGACUAUUGUAGUGUGGAGGUGAGCAAACUAAAGCGUCACAUUCGAUCCCAUACUGGCGAGCGACCAUUCCAGUGCAGUCUCUGUAGCUACGCCAGCAGAGACACAUACAAGCUGAAGAGACACAUGAGGACUCACUCAGGAGAGAAACCUUAUGAGUGCUACAUCUGCCAUGCACGCUUUACCCAGAGUGGGACCAUGAAGAUGCACAUUCUGCAGAAACACACCGAGAACGUGGCCAAAUUCCACUGUCCACACUGUGACACUGUCAUUGCACGGAAGAGUGAUUUGGGCGUCCAUCUUCGAAAGCAGCACUCGUUUAUCGAGACUGGAAAGAAGUGCCGUUACUGCGAUGCCGUUUUCCACGAACGCUACGCUCUGAUCCAGCACCAGAAGUCCCACAAGAACGAGAAACGGUUCAAAUGUGAAAUGUGUGACUACUGCUGCCGCCAGGAGCGACACAUGGUGAUGCAUCGUCGUACCCACACUGGAGAGAAACCUUUCGCCUGCAGCCAGUGUGAAAAGACUUUCAGGCAGAAGCAACUGCUGGAUAUGCACUUCAACCGCUACCACGACCCCAGCUUUAUCCCUGCCACCUUCGUCUGCCCCAAGUGCAGCAAGACCUUCACCCGCAGGAACACCAUGGCACGCCACGCCGAGUACUGCAGCGGCGAGAAUGACGAGGCUGAGAACGGAACUCCGUCCCCCAAAAAGGGGAGAAGAGGAAGAAAGAGGAAGAUGAUGAGCAGAAGAGAUGAUGGUGACAGCGAGGACGAUCAAGCCGAGCUCGACGAAGAGGAGGAGGACGACGAGGAGGGAGACUUGGAGGAAGAAGAAUCAGCCAUGCUACAGGAAGAUGAGGAACCAGAGAGCAUGGAGCUGGACCAGGCCCCUGCUUCCAUCCCUGUACCGGCCCCUGAAGAGCCGCCAGUCAAGAGGAAACGAGGCCGACCCCCAAAGAAUGCCCCCAAGGCUCCUACACCCAGCAAGUCUGUCAGAGCGGCCGCCAAGACAACGACUAUUGCUGCUGCCAUCAUUCAGGUGGAGGACGAGAACACAGGAGCUGUGGAGAACAUCAUCGUGAAGAAGGAAGAGGGCGACGCCUCUGCAGAGACUCCCCUGGAUGAUCAGGGUGUGGCCCUGACCGUGGAAGGGGUAGGACUGGAUGAGGGAGGGGUGGAUACUGUUGAGCUGGCUGUGAAUGAGGAAACGGCAGCUGCUGCCGCCGCCGCCGCCAACGGCGAUCUGACGCCAGAGAUGAUCCUGAGCAUGAUGGACCGGUGAACACAAAACUGCAGCCCACACACACACACACACACACACACACGUAGCCUGAUCAUGUCUAAAGCUAACAUUUCCACAAUAAUGCCUUCACCUCAUGUCCCAUCAAUAUGUGCUUUUUAACAGCAGCCAUUUUACCUCCAUUGGAGAGGAUUGCAAAAAAAAACAAAAAA